AUGGCACAGGGGGAGCUAUGGGCUACUCUACUGACGGCUAUUAACCCUAUCAACGCCAGCGCAAUGCCGGUUGUCCUGCAGUCUACUAUCGAUCUCCUGGAGGCUGAACUGGUCAAGGCGAGGGCCGCGCUUCAGCAAGUCCAAGCUGAACCGACGGUUCCCGUUGCCGAAAACGUCACCGCUGGUGCUAUGGAAGCGUACAAAGUCCACUUGGUUGGAUGUGCUUCACGCAAGCAAAGCAACCAUUCUUUCCUGCCUUUGAUAGAUGAUUCUUUUGUGCGCUAUAGCAGCAUGACUGCUCGAAAACCAUCUCGAAACUGUACUGCCUUGGCAGACAUUUUGUCGAAUUCCCUUGUGAUCGACCAUCUGGCCCCGUACAUGUCAGUCGCGUCAUUGCUCUCCCUGGCAUCGACCAACAGGACCAUGAGAUCUCUUGUCAUGGAUACGCCUUACGUCUUCCGUCAUCUGGACUUGACCCAGUCUCGUGGUGCCCAAGUCCCGCUUAUCAGCCCCAUCGAUCGCGGAGGCACCGUCUGGAGGAAUGAACGCAUCGACGAGUCUCUAACUGAAGAUGAGUUCUACUCCGGCCCACUUAGAGGAAUUUUCGACGACUUAGGACGAAGAGCUAUCCUCCAAGAUGUCCGCACCUUGAUAUUGGACGGUCUUUCUGUUCCAGCGGAUUUAGUCGCCGAAAUUGUCUUGAACGAUCGUUUCAAUGUUUCCAUCCUGUCCAUUCGUGGCUGUCUGAACUUGAACGAACGUAAAUUGAUGCAGACACUGCAGUAUGCGGUAAGACCUGGUCGCGCAAAGGGCACGCCAAGACUGAAGGGCAUCUACCAUUUCAGUCCGAAAGAUUCUGAUCAGCCUUCGUGCCACCAGACGACCCUUGGCAAGCGGCAUCGGCCCGACCUGGCCCAGACUGGCCACCACACAAACCACGCAUAUCACCCUCAUCACUCGGAAAAGGAUGUUCAGCAUCGCCACGAAUGGUAUAAACCUUCUGGUCAGGUACUCAAAGGCACAAUAACCAAUGGAUGGGCCCAAACAUUGCAACUCUGUGAAAGACUAAUCUCAUUCGAUGCCGUUCUCUGCCGAAGCCCGAGACAUGAUCCGAAUUCCUUCACUGGGGAAAAUUCCAAGCCGAUAGGUUCAUACCUUCAACCAGCAAUUGCUACCGUCGCGCUUGGACCAAGAGGAUGUGAAGGAUGUGGCACUGCUCCUGAAGGCCCCGCUGUCUGGGGCUACUCUCCGGAAGAGUAUUUCCCACUGCUUGCACCCCCUCCACUACAUUCUUCUCGGAUCGCCGUCGCCAAGAAUCCCGCGGUGUACAAGAAUGAAUCACCUACGCUGAUCAUGCAAUGCGAAGACUGCGUCCGGAAUCGCUUGUGUCGCCGAUGUAACCGAUGGUGGUGCUCCGACUGCUUGCAAGACCCUGAGAUUCUCAGAACCCCUGGUACUGCAUAUCAGCCGCCGGGUAUGUUUGCUGGCAUGGAACAAUCCAAGGAGUGCGAAUUUUUAAAGCAUCCUAGGCAAUGUGUUGCCAGAGACUGCUGGGAGUGCGGGCCCACGUGCACUCGCUGUAUGAUCGAGGUUAUUCGCACCUGCGAAAUCUGCCAAGGAGGAUUUUGCCUAGACCACAACGAUGGCUGUUCCCAGACCAAGUGUGACUGGUGUAAUACACCAAGACGUGGUGGCAGGGUCUAACCCUGUAAAAGGGGUUGAUGUCAUUAACAUCACCAGCGAAUAGUGGCCAUCCUUUCUACUCGCAUUUGGCCCAGAUACCACGUUCUACACCAUAUCCAAUGGGGGAGGGGAUACCGAACGCAAAGUUAGACCCAGAUCCCAACAAUUAACCCGCGUUCGACUUGACUCUUUUGUUUCUUUCAUCAAGGGCCACCGAAUUGAGCGAUUCGCCCAUUAUGCCCCCGCGCACUAUACCCAUCGUUUCUUCUUAUCGUCUCUUCGCUUUGAUUCCUUUUACUGCCUUUUUCAUCGGCCUUUUGUCUCCACGCUAUUCUCCACUCUCGGAUACGACUAUUCAUUUUCUACCUACUCUAUCAAUGUUCACUCGAUACUCGUUUAAUCAAUGACUCUUUCUACGGACAAUUCGCGCUCAUGAUGUUUCCAAAUCGGACUUAAGAGGUUCUUGAUUUUUUUUUUUUUCCUUCCUUUCCUUUUUAGCCUUAUCGUUUUCACGGAUUAUUAGCAUGACAUCGUGGGUGGAAUAGGUAUUUCGGCUGUGUGGUUUGUUUUGUCAAGGGGGAGCAGAGUAACAUUUGUUGGAGCACGAUUGGAGCGGAUGGUUGUUCGGUCUCGGUGCUACUACCUAGAUACAUCUCCAUUCUUCUUAUUUCGGUACAGGAGUUCCUCGGGCUAUGCGCUUCUUCUAUUGCUUUCGGAUGGAAAGGCGCUGACUUUUUUACAUACAUAAC